AUGUCCGCCGCCGGUAGAUUUCUCAUUAAAGAUGACAAGAACGUAUUGAUUGCAGUAGCUCAAGAAAUUGUUCCGAUACUAGUCCAUUUACUCGAUUUCAACUCUUCGCCGGAGACGAACGAGAUAAAUAUCAUCGCCAUUGCUAAAGGAUGGGAGAUGGGUUUGGAUUUGGUUGGGGGAGGCGCUGGAGUGGACGAUUCUCUGCUGCAACUUCUUCAUGUCUACCUCAAGAAAAAAACCAGAUCUAUUUCACAGAGGGCAGUGAUCACGACACUUUAUAUGCCUUUCACAUUGGCGAACAAAGCUUGUCAACCACUAAACAAUUUCGUGUCAAGAAGGCCUAAAAUUCAACAUAACACUAGUACUAAUACUAGAAGCGACAAGUUGAAAAAGCGUCCAUCCCGUAUUAAUAGUAAGCGUCCGCCUGUAGACAGCAACAUUUGCAUCCAUCUUUCUCGAGACCUUCAAAGGGAAAUUUCUCGUCAUCUAAUUUCUCAAGAAGCAUACAUGAAUUUUCGCUUGGUGUGUAAAUUAUGGAGAUCCGUUGCUCCUCCACUACGUUGGAAAGUGGUUGUUGAUGAUGAUGAUGCGGCUCCUUCUUAUCAUCAAGACUCCAUGUGGCUUUUAUCUCUAAACCAAAACGAUGGUUUGUGCACCUUCUAUAAUCCCUUUAGAAAUUUCAACGGUUAUAUGAGCAACAACGAUUUAGUAGGGUGUGAAAUUCGAUAUGCAAAAGAUGGAUGGCUUCUUGUGUCUAAGGGAAAGUCUCUCUUCUUACUUGAGCCUUCGCCUUCUGGGAAGCAAAUAAUCCAUCUCCCACAAAAAACAGAUGAAUAUUUCUGUGACAUUAUGUCAUUCUCAGCUUCUCCAACUAAUUCUUCUGCCUGGGUAAUCUUUGGUAUAGCUUUUUUAAACUUGUUUCAAGUUAGGAUUUCAUAUUUGAGACAGGGGAAUGAUAAAUGGACUACUAUCACAAGGGACAGUGAGGUGCCAUUCAUACUUUCAUCUUCUAGUCCGGUCUACUUUGGUGAAGAAUUUUGUGUCAUCAGCCAAUACGGUGGUAAUGUUGGUGUAUUUGGCUUCCUUAAAGACGGAACCCCUUACUGGGUUAUCCAUCAACUUUCUGAACUAUAUUCACCUCCUAUUCCUAUUUCUAAUGCUUGCCGUUUGUUUUUAGUUCAACAAGAUCAAAAUGUGCUACAUUCCGUGGUUGUGACACCUCAACAUGAUGUUCAUGUUUAUGAACUAGAUUUUGGAGGGAACGUUAUAGUCAAAUUAGUAAAAGAAGUAAAAAAUUGGCUUUUUUUCACUAGCGAAGCCUCAUCUAUGGCUGUUUGUGGCAUGAACGUAAAUGUGGAUAAUGCAGUUUUCCUCCCCACUUUCAACACUUGUAACGACUAUACCUACUACUCUUUGGAAGAUGUCACUUUCAAAGUAUUGAAAGACAAUUGUACGGAUAAAACGCAACAGAAAGAGCUUUUAAAUCGUGUUUGGAUCCGCUGUGAACUGACAGAGAAUUGA